GCGGGUGGGCGAUGGGCUGCUUGGACGGGCUGGUUGAAGUUCUUGGGGGACUUUGGUCGGAUAGCCGUGUGGAAGUUUGUGGCUUGUUCCAAAUAUUCCAAUCCGCACUGAGUGGUUACAUGUACCCUGCUGCACCCCAAUAACCACCAGACGUUUGUAAGAAUGCGGGGCAAAUUUCCGCGCCACGACAUUUGCUCCGGAACCGGCCGUGUUCGAUAUCGACUGCCUUCUGGUACUUUUGUAAUCACCCCUUCCACCUACCCUUCACCACAUCUCCACGUACUAUAAUAGCAGUAAAGCAUUCUCGGCAUUACGCAAACUCCGGAAGAAUCAUGACCUGAGCCGCGCACGACGGGAAAGGACCGGCGACCAGACCAUCUCGGGCGCAUCGCGCCUUCUUCCUCCGCGCUACGAUCGCUCUGUCCAUUCCGGCAAGAACGCUGGAAGGACUUGAGGGUCAGGAAAGUCAUGGAAGACUCGCACGUGAUGACUCUGGCGGAGCAGGUGAUGGCGGGCUUCGAAGCGCUGCAGGAGGAGUAUCGGAGCUUGUUCGCGCAGCAGCAGAGUCUGGAGAGGAAGCUCGCCACGGCGAGGGAGCAAUACAACGACGCCAUCAGGCUGUACGGGUCAGGCUUGGCGAGCAGUCCGCCUCUUAGCCUUUCGUCUUCUGCGUCGCCCAACAAGGAUUCUGCGUCUAUCGACACUACUCCAGUAGCCGACUUAGUUGCACGAAAUAUUGAGAGGAGGGAUGUGGCGGAUAGAAUCAGAGGGGCAGUGACCGCGGCCGAAGCGUUACGGAGAGGUGUUGCUAAACCACAGACGGAUCACGCUGCAGGCGUGAAGAUAUGGUCUGGACCUGCUGCAGAUCAAACACACCCGACGUGCGCCCUAAUGCCAUCUAUCAUGGAGUCACCGCUAGAGCAAGACUUCACAGUCGAGGGCAAGCCGAGUCAACUCGGAUGUCCGUUUGCGAGCAUGGCCAACAAGAAGCUAUCAUCACACGCCGCGAGCGUGCUGAGCCGCUACAACACUCGCGAGAGCAGUGGAGCUGUGCCGAGCACCGCGGCAAGCUCGGUCAGUAGGAUCAAUGGCAGAGAUAGCUUCUCAAAGCGAGGGAGUAGAAGGGCGAGCUUCGUGGACCCUAUUAAGGCGGAGAUAUGCGGCUUGUCGGAUCAUAACGCACAGCCUCGUGAGGCUGCCGCACACGAGACCACGGAGCACGUUGAAAACGUAGAGGUCGGAGUAUGCCCCAUCCGAUUCCUCGACCAACACUCCCCCGAAGAGGUGGCGACGUACUUUGAGAAGCACAAGCACGAACUUCCGCGCUCACACGAAGUAUGCGUGCGGCGCUACCAAAGCAACGAAGAGCAGAUACGCGAGCUCGAUGCCAAGUACGGCAAUCUCGUGUCGAUGAUCCAAGGUCUAGGCGUCAAGCACAAGGAAUACCUACCCCAAGAACCUGAGCACGAUCUCGAUGGCGAAGAAGAGGAUGCAGCCCACGUCGACGCGAAGAGCGCGGCGAAGAUUCAGAAGUGGGCCAGCAGCGUCUCAGCACAAGCGGGCAUCGAGCCCGCCUCUGCACCAUCAGCAGAGAAUGUCGAAGAGAGACAACCCCACUUUGACCGCCCCAUGCGUGAGAUACGCGUUGGCGAGUCGCCGAGUCGACCGUGGGGUCUGCCCGUACCCGCGAAAUAUCUCGAGCAUGUCCAGAGCGAAACGAGUAGCGUACCCGCGCAUAUCACGUCGCCGGCGACUGAGCCGAGGGAGAACGAGAAGAAAGCAGCGGCCGCUACGUGCCCGUUUGGCUUUGAUCGGAAAGUCCCGCCUCUGGAUGCUCGGGCUGAAGAUGAAGCUCAAGCUCAGACGAGGCCGACUCAGACGAGCGUGCCGGAGCAUGAGCCUACAGCGUCGGUGCCGUUACCGACCAAGUCAGCACAACCAGCUUUUGUCGCACCACAGCUGCCGGCUGGUGAAGCGGCGGAGGGGUCUAACCAGCGUUCUUCGGAGCAAGCUCGUAUGCUCUUUACGGGUCCGGUGUUCAUUGGGUAUAGCGCUGAGGAUGCGGCGAAGAUUCUAAGGGAGAGCGGGAUGGGUGGGCAGCGGUGAGUGUUGGGUAUGUUUGUGUAUGAGGAUCUGUGGCUUGGGGGGGGGCUUUAUGGCUAUGAUAGCGUUCGAGCGAAGAUUAUGACGAUGAUGCUCUCCUUACAUAUGACGACACGUGUACGCACACGGCUGAUUAGAUAUCCCUUGCCGACGUACUGCCAGUCCGAUAUAGUGCAUACCACGUCCCAGCGCUACCGCAGAGAUGAAAGAGUAAUCGUGCAAGCUACAAUGACAAUGACCUAG